AUGGUGUCAACUCAUAAAAGGGUUGUGACAUUUGGAAGUCAGAGGUACAGUAAAUGGAAAUCCAGAAGAAACAGUUCUCCUGUUCUCAUAAGUAGUGAUGAUUUAUCCUAUGGUAGUAUUGAUGAAGAAAGCGGUAACUUUGAUCAUUGUCAUAGAAACAAUGUACAAAACAUGACGGAUUCCAAAGCCAGACGAAAACUUAUUGCCGCCAGCAUAUUGUGUUUGUUAUUCAUGGCUGGUGAGGUUAUAGGUGGUUACUUGUCUGGUAGUCUAGCUAUACUUACAGAUGCUGCUCACAUGUUAACAGAUUUUGCCAGUUUUUGUAUCAGUUUAUUUUCGAUCUGGGUGUCUUCAAGACCAGCAACAAAAACCAUGAAUUUUGGUUGGCAUCGUGCAGAAAUACUGGGGGCUAUGGUAUCUGUUUUACUUAUUUGGAUUGUUACUGGAGUGUUGGUAUACAUUGCUAUUCAUAGAAUCAUGGCGAAAGAUUUUGAAAUUGAUGCUAAAAUAAUGUUAAUCACUGCUGGAUGUGGCUUCUGUGUUAAUCUUGU